CCUCUUAUAAAACGGCCCGCGCCGACCGAAGAGGCAGAGUGCCGCACAAGCAGCCCUACGAUACACAUCCAGUAGCCUAGGCCACCCAGGCGUCAUGUCCCAGUCGUUGACCCUCGUCCUCCUUUGCGCGGCGACCGCGAGCGCCUUCGAGGUCGCUGACCCUCUGCAGGAAGAGCUCGAUCCCCGCUUCCUCUUCUUCAACUCCACCGGCGCGCUGAUCCCCAUCGACGCCACGGCCCUUUUGGCCGGGAUCGGCUUCCUGGUGAUCCUCACCCUCCUCGGCAUCGGCAUCUGGCUGCUCGUCUCCUCCCUGGCGCCUAAACUGGCGGUCGGGGGUGGCGGCUAUGGCGGCUACCACUCCGGCGGGUACGGCGCCGGACAUAGCGGCGGCUCCUCCUACUCCGGAUAUCAGGCCAGGUCUGCUGACCCGUACUCCGCCAUCUGGGACAAGAUGUCCGUGCUCGACUGGAUCGCCAUGAUGGAGGAGGUGUACCGGAAGUUCGACGCCACCAGCCUGGAGUGCCAGCAGCGCCUGGUGUGCGAGCUGCACCAGAACGAGAACUCCUGGGGCACCACCGCGCGCAAGAUGAACGACGCCUUCAGCUACCUGCAGUACAUGGAGCUGCUCAACCUGCCCUCCGAGCUCCGCAUGCUGCUGGAUGAGUACCUGGACGCCGCCAACAAGGGCCGGACAAGCGAGAAGAGCUGCGCCGACCACUUCGCCGGCUGCGAGUUCAGCAUGAAGACCCUCAUCAGCAAGUACAACGGCUCAAACGCUCUCUGAACGUCGGCUCCCCGGUCCGCUGCUUGUUAACGAUCCCGUUGUUAACUUAUUAAUAGUUAUUUAUUGACGCGUGUGACGAAUACGACGCCAGUGACAGAAUGCCAAAUGGACGAAGACAGUGUGUGCUUGUACUGACCGACUGAGACGCACGUGCACAGGCAGGACGGGUGACGCAUGACAUAGGGUAGUCCUCCAUUCGAAUCUUCAUACCCAUCCCGCGUGUUACGCGGUAGAGACACUAGUAGUUGCGCCACGCAGCAUUCAUGCAUUCGUAACGAGUAGUGUCAGUAGCUACUGCGGUUAGUCGAACACAUGACUACGGCCGUUGCGCGACUCAGAGACGUCGUGGGGGAGGGGGGAUUCGGUGUGAGCAACCCUCGACUGGCGGCGCCGGGCCUCCGGACCCUCCCGCCACUCAACGCUAGACUGUGACUUGUUUGUUGACCAGUACUUGUUGAUUCUUGCUCAUGCCUCUGACAGGGAUUGUUUGUUGUUACCCGCUGCCUCCCCAGACGUGACGCCUCGGAUAUUACUGUGUUAUUUAUUGCAUCUGCUCGACCACAAUUGACGUGAUAAACCGCAAUGCGACGGGAAGUAUGGCAAUAAAAUUCCUCUUCAUAUAUACGA